AGUCGGUGGGUCCAUUAUAAAAUGCAAACACAUUUCAGCGUAUUAUUGACCUAAAUAAAAAUUCACAGUGUACCGCGUUGCAUCGAAUCUUGGCAACUUAGGUUUCAUGCCCUUGAGCUUUAGCACAAAGCCACAGUCGUCAGCUUGUUGUCUCUCGCCGCCGAUCUUCGACUUUAGUGUUAAUAUAUUUGAACAGUUAGCUAGGAUAUUGCUGUUUCAUUGUCUUUUAUCUACCACAAGUUGGAAUGGCAGAUGGGCAUGAAUCAGAUAAGAACAUUGAGAUUUGGAAGAUCAAGAAAUUGAUCAAGGCAUUGGAAGCUGCUAGAGGCAAUGGUACUAGCAUGAUAUCACUUAUAAUGCCUCCUCGUGAUCAGAUUUCUAGGGUCACCAAGAUGCUGGGUGAUGAAUUUGGAACUGCUUCGAACAUUAAAAGCAGGGUCAAUCGUCAAUCGGUGUUGGGUGCCAUUACUUCUGCUCAGCAGAGGUUGAAGCUUUAUAGUAAGGUGCCUCCUAAUGGAUUGGUUCUUUAUACUGGAACAAUUGUUACAGAAGAUGGAAAGGAAAAGAAGGUGACAUUUGAUUUCGAGCCAUUCAAGCCUAUAAAUGCAUCUUUGUAUCUAUGUGACAACAAGUUUCACACUGAAGCUCUAAAUGAGCUAUUAGAAUCCGAUGACAAGUUUGGUUUUAUUGUGAUGGAUGGGAAUGGUACCCUAUUUGGGACAUUAAGUGGAAACACACGAGAGGUGCUACAUAAGUUCACAGUUGAUCUACCCAAGAAGCAUGGUAGGGGAGGUCAGUCAGCAUUGCGGUUUGCUCGUCUUCGGAUGGAAAAACGGCACAACUAUGUAAGAAAGACUGCAGAACUUGCCACACAGUUCUUUAUCAAUCCUGCCACCAGUCAGCCUAAUGUUUCCGGGCUUAUACUUGCUGGUUCAGCAGACUUCAAGACUGAGUUGAGCCAGUCAGAUAUGUUUGAUCCUCGUUUACAAGCAAAAAUCUUGAAUGUUGUUGAUGUUUCUUAUGGUGGGGAAAAUGGUUUCAAUCAAGCUAUUGAACUUUCUGCAGAGAUUCUAUCCAAUGUUAAGUUCAUACAGGAGAAACGUUUGAUUGGAAAGUAUUUUGAGGAGAUCAGCCAGGAUACUGGAAAAUAUGUCUUUGGUGUAGAUGAUACAUUGAAGGCUUUGGAAAUGGGUGCUGUAGAAACUCUAAUUGUGUGGGAAAAUCUGGACAUCAAUAGGUAUGUGCUGAAAAACAAUGCUACAGGUGAGAUUGUCAUAAAGCAUCUGAACAAAGAGCAGGAAGCGGAUAACAACAAUUUCCGUGAUCCAGCUACCUCCGCAGAGUUGGAAUUUCAGGAGAAGAUGCCAUUACUUGAAUGGUUUGCCAAUGAAUACAAGAAGUUCGGUUGCACACUUGAAUUUGUCACUAACAAAUCCCAAGAGGGAUCACAAUUUUGCAGGGGAUUUGGUGGGAUUGGGGGUAUCCUUCGCUACCAGCUUGACAUUAGAUCAUUUGAUGAGCUAUCUGAUGAUGGGGAAGUAUAUGAGGAUUCUGAUUAAGCUCGGUGAACUUUUUUGCAUAAUGCUGGUGGGGGUAGUGGGUGUCUAAGCUGUCAUGUUUAGCUACUCAUCCCUUGGAUAUGCAUUUGGUACUUGUUUUUUUUCAUUUUUCCAUUUCACCUUUAUGCAUUUCUCCUCUUUUCAAUGCCCUUUGGAUCUUUUGCUAUGUAAUGAAAGUGUACGGUGAUUCCUCAGAGUUUGGGUAGAACACAGAUAAAUUCAAUUUUUGGAUGUUAAAAAUACCUAUAAAAUGGUAUGGAAACAUUAUGCCAGUUAUGUAUAUUGUUUGGAUC